AUGUAUAUGUCUCGCAAUCCAAGAACAUCCAGGUCCGAGCAGCCAAACAGACCCCAAAUCACCGACCCCCACGGGUGCCACGUCGACAGUCCUCGCCCCUCCCCGCACCACCUUUGACCCACCCUCGCGCCGCCAUCACCGCCCAUAUCCAGAUCUCGAACCGUCUCAAUUCCUUCCUUCGUUCUCUUCUCUCCUCUCUUCUCUCUCGCCGUGUUGACUCGCUAGAGCGAAGCGGGGCUCCCCAUCCGGCCCGAAGAAGACCGGCGCCGCACCGCCAUGGGCGUCCCCGCCUUCUACCGGUGGCUCGCCGAUCGGUACCCGAGCUCGAUCGCCGACGUCGUCGAGGAGGAGCCGCUCGUCGACUCCGGCGGCGUCGCCCGGCCGAUCGACCCCUCGAGGCCCAACCCUAACGGGAUGGAGUUCGACAACCUGUACCUCGACAUGAACGGGAUCAUCCAUCCUUGCUUCCACCCCGAGGGCAGGCCUCCUCCUUCUAGCUACGAUGACGUCUUUAAGGCAAUAUUUGAUUAUAUUGAUCAUGUCUACUCAAUGGUUCGUCCUAGAAAGCUUCUUUACCUGGCAGUGGAUGGAGUCGCGCCAAGAGCUAAAAUGAACCAACAGCGUUCUCGGCGUUUUAGGGCUGCAAAAGAUGCAGCUGAUGCGGAAGCUGAAGAGGAACGGUUGAGGAAAGAAUUUGAGGCUGAGGGACAAAUUCUUGCUCCCAAGGAAAAGCCAGAAACAUGCGACUCUAAUGUCAUUACUCCUGGCACACAAUUCAUGGCAGUUCUUUCUGUCGCACUUCAAUAUUAUAUACAAGUGAGAUUAAAUCAUUAUCCUGGCUGGCAGCAGACAAAGGUUAUGCUUUCUGAUGCAAAUGUUCCUGGGGAAGGAGAGCACAAGAUUAUGUCAUAUAUACGAUUGCAAAGGAACCGUCCUGGUUUUGAUCCGAACACUCGGCAUUGUCUUUAUGGCCUGGAUGCUGACCUGAUUAUGCUUUCAUUAGCAACACAUGAGAUUCACUUUUCAAUUCUCAGAGAGGUGGUCACUUUCCCAGGACAACAGGAAAAGUGUUUUCAGUGCGGCCAAGUGGGUCAUCUGGCUGCUGAAUGUCGUGGCAAGGCUGGUAAUGAAAUGGUAAAUGAUAUUCCCAUCCACAAGAAGAAAUAUCAGUUCCUCAACAUUUGGGUACUGCGGGAGUACUUGCAGCAUGAUCUGGACAUUCCGGACCCUCCGUUUGAGAUUGAUUUUGAAAGGAUAGUGGAUGAUUUUGUAUUCCUAUGUUUCUUCGUUGGCAAUGACUUCCUUCCACAUAUGCCUACAUUGGAGAUUAGGGAGGGUGCUAUCAGUUUACUAAUGUUGGUUUAUAGGAGGGAGUUCGCUGCCAUGGGAGGUUACCUUACUGAAGCAGGCGAGGUCUUGUUAGACAGAGUAGAACAUUUUAUCCAAUCUGUUGCUGUUCAUGAAGAUCAAAUUUUUCAAAAGCGGGCUCGCAUACAGCAGGCACUAGAGAAUAAUGAAGAAAUGAGAUCUAGAUCAAGAAGAGAGUCAUCGGAAGAAUUACAAAGUCCAGCUAUUGACAAGGUUAGAUUAGGGGAGCCUGGAUACAAGGAAAGGUAUUAUGCAGAGAAAUUUCAUGUGUCAACUCCGGAUGAGAUAGAGAGAGUUAAGAAGGAAACGGUUUUGAAAUAUGUGGAAGGUUUAUGUUGGGUCUGUUGGUAUUAUUUCCAAGGCGUUCGAUCCUGGCAAUGGUACUAUCCAUUCCAUUAUGCUCCCUUUGCUUCUGAUCUCAAGGAUUUAGCUGUUCUGGAGAUCACAUUCUUCUUGGGAGAGCCUUUUAAACCAUUUGAUCAGCUCAUGGGAACCUUACCAUCUGCAAGCGCAAGUGCUCUGCCAGAACAGUACAGGAAAUUGAUGACGGAUCCUUCCUCACCAAUCCUUGACUUUUAUCCUUCAGAUUUCGAGAUUGACAUGAAUGGAAAGAAAUUCGCAUGGCAGGGUGUUGCCAAAUUGCCGUUCAUCGACGAGAAGAAAUUGCUCACUGAAACGAGGAAACUAGAAGUCUCUUUAACAAAGGAGGAGCAACUUCGAAAUAGUGUGAUGUUGGAUUUGCUCUAUGUUCAUGGGGUUCAUCCUUUGUCAGUACAAGUUUAUUUGUGCUACCAAUUAAGCUACCAUUUAGGGCCAUAUGAAAGAUAUCCUGUUCCGAUUGACACAAAUGUUAGCGGUGGAAUGAACGGAUACCUCUGGCUAAGUGAGAGGAAUGCACUGACCAAUGUAAUUCCUUCGCCUGUCCAUGGAUUGGAGGAUAUUGUGAACAAUCAAAUAUAUAAUGUUACUUAUCUCAAUCCUCCAAACCACAAGCACAUCCCUAGACCGCCUGAUGGCGUUGUCAUUCCUCCGAAGGUUUUAGGACCUUUGGAUAUCAAGCCAUUCCCUGUGUUAUGGCAUGAAGAUAACAGUGGUAGGCGCCACAAUGGAAGAGAAAGGCCAUCAGUACCUGGAGCAAUGGUCGGUCCAAUGCUGGGAGAAGCAGCUCAUCGUCUUGUCAAGAGUACACUAAAUAUCAAGUUCAACAACAAUCAAUCCUCUGGCAUCUUGGAACCACCACGCAAUCGAAACUUUCCGGGAUAUUAUGCAGUUAAUAGACCGAGACCGGCUGGUCCCUCUGGGUACGAAAGGGGCUUCAGUGAAGAUCCUCACCAGUACUAUGGGAAUCACAACUCCAAUCAAGGCACGGUUGGUAAUUCGAGAUAUCCACCUUCAUCAAAUGGUUGGCAAGGAAGCAAACAGAAUGCGAGGACAAUGGAUAGGUCUCAAAAUCAAGAGCAGUAUAGGAAUUUGAGGAAUGGAAUGUCUGCUUUGGCAAUCGAAGAAAGUGUCAAAAUUAUACAAAAUGUCCCUAUGUUACUAAGGACCCCCAAUCCUGGGCAUUCUUCACUCACACCCGAGCAGGCUAUGCAAAAUGCGGGCCCACCGCCACCUCCACCCACCAAAUGGAUCAAGAAAGCGAGUGCUGGAAAUGGAGUACAUAGGGAACGACAAGGAGCUGUUGCUGGAGGAGCAUCAGAGAAGCAGGUAAAAUUGGUCUAUCAGGUGAAGACACGGGUGUCAAAUGAGAUGUCAGGUAUGGAAAACCAGCCAUCUAGUCAAAACGUAUAUGAUCUUCCUCCUCCAUAAAGUUCCUUGGCAUCUCAAUGGUCUGUCUUCAACGAAGCGACAGUGUUUCACGAAACAUGUCUAAACCAGCGAGAACUGUGGAAUCCUUCAGCUUAAUGGGAUAUCAAGCCUCGCAAACUCCAGUUCUCGCACCACUUCCUGGCCGGGUAAUUCUGAGAAAAUCACCCGCUGAUUGAUUCCUUGAGGCAAUUGUGGAUACAGAAACUCGACCAACCUCUACUUAUUCUGCCAGAGAUCUAUAUUUAUAAUCAGCACUCCGUAACUGCUGCGGAGGAGGCACUCCUGCUCACGACAGGACCGGAGAUUUCUUGGCUGUUGGACGGCACUACUGCAUCAUACGUGCAGGUGAUGGUCAUCUAUAGGAUUUAGUUAGUUCUCCAGGGUUGUAAAAUACUGUUGUCUAUUAUUCAUUUUCAGGGAUGGUGGUUCUAGGGUUAUUAUAAUCAGCAAAAUUGCAGAUCAUCUGCGGUGUUGUUGGGAAAUCGGGAUCGAUGGGCAAGUAGUUGACAGUGGAUGGUUUAUGUCUCUUUGACUUGGCUUUUGCCUAAACGCCACAGGGAAGUGAAAACACUUUGCAAUUCUCUUUAAA